UUAAAAUCUGUCUGGCUUGCCACUCAAGCGCUUGUCAAUUCCCGAAAGCAACCUUUGAAAAGUGAUCGGUAAACCAUACGAAACACAAAGGAUCGCCGCUGCACGAUAUUCCUAACUGAGCCGAACACUCCCGAGCGCGGCUUUCAAUUUGUCCCUGAGGCGUUAAUUGGUGCAGUCCCUGACAUGUUCAUUGCUGUAGAGCACUGUUUGGGCACAUAGAGAUUUUUUUGUAACAGUAUUGACGUUUAACGCCGCCGACUCCUACAGCCCCGAGGUUACAAAACAUUUUGCAUUGAGCGCGAAUUAAGCUUAAUUAUGACAACUCAGUUGGAUCCGCUGGGAGCUAACAGUCCAAGCCAGGCAGCAUUGAGGCAAGUAGUGGGAACUAAGAGAAAACGCUCACAUCAUCGUGAUUUGUCCCCUCCGUUAACUCCGAUAUCUCCGAAUUCAUCUUAUUCAAAGCGACCUGAGACUUCCACAUCCGCCUUCGACUUGAUCAACAGCGAGGAUCGUGGAUUAGGACUACACUGCGUGAGCACUGCUAGUAGCAAUGAAAUAGUGACUUCAGGGAAUAUUGCCACAAGCGCUGCCCUUGUAGCCUGUGCACCAAGACUUUCUCAUUCACCAACAACACACCACGACUAUAGGGAAGUCCUACCCCCUCCAAUGCAGCCCCAAGCACAUCAGUACUAUCCUUCGCAGUACAAUCCACUGCACUAUCAACAGCAACAACCCAGGUUCGACUUUCAGCAUGGCCUCGAACCAUUCCAAACUUCUCACUCACAACAGUUUGGACAAGGACCUCCAAGCUUUCAUCCUGCUUCACAGCAUCAAGUUCUUCCGAACAGCCAUUCGCAAGUCGCAGUUCCACAUCAGGGAAGACACCUUGGGUUGAGACAGAGAGCGGACGAUUUGGAUCCUUUACAACCCGUCCACAUUAACCAGUUCUCUUCGUCACUAGAGCAUGCAAGACGAAGGGAUGAACUUUUUAGUGCCACAAGAAGGCAUGAUAUGUUGCGGUUUGGGCCAGAGUCUAUGACUGGAGUUCCUUCGGCUGGACUACCGAUGCCGCCGGAUUCACAGAAUCAUUCUAUGGGGAUUAGUUCAAAGAAUGGAAACACAACUUCCAAUCAUACCUCCAACAGCAGAGAAGUUUUAUCCCUUUCUCGUCCGGUCAUUAAGAAACAUCACGAACAAGAAAACAAAGAAGACGAAAAUGGUGAUGGCACAGUUCAUCCUUCUGAUGUUUUCUGCUGUGUUCCGGGAAGACUUUCACUUCUCAGCUCAACGUCAAAAUACAAAGUUACUGUUGGUGAAAUACGUCGGAGACUGUCGCAUCCAGAGUGCUUGAAUGCGUCUCUUUUAGGCGGUGUUCUACGAAGGGCGAAAUCGAAAAAUGGUGGUAAAUGCCUUCGAGAUAAGCUUGACAAAAUAGGACUUUCAUUGCCUGCUGGUCGUAGAAAAGCCGCUCAAGUGACUCUACUCACAUCGCUCGUGGAAGGAGAAGCAGCUCAUUUAGCAGCUGAUUUUGAUUUCGUCUGUGAAUCGGAAUUUCCAGCAAGUCAACUAGCAGAGUAUCAGUACCGACAACAUUCUGAUCCAGCUGAACAACAAUCUAGAAAAAAUGCCCUUGUAACAGCAAAACAACUAACAAAAGAACUCCAAGAUAUACUCGCACAAGACCCAUAUCCAAAACUACGUUUACCUAACAGCACACUACCGGAGUCCACCCUUCGUAGUCUACACACCUUUGGUCUGGUUACCCAUGGGUUCGGCUCGCCGUCGAUCAACGCAGCUAUGAAUGCCUUUCAAGCUUAUUUGACAGAACUGUUGAAAUUUCACGAGGGGAAUGGGGGCAGUGGGGGUGGUGGGUCUAGAAAUAAUAGCAUAGUUAAGAAUGGAGAAACAUAAUAACCUAUUGUAAGAUAUCUAUGGUUGAAAUUCGUCUUUCUAUUUAAGUGCAUAGCCAAAUUGGUUUCGUUCUUGAGCCUGCGUUCCUAAUGGUCUGCGCUAUGAAAUACCGUUUUCUGAUUGGAUGAUAGUAAUACAACCACGUCGAGUCUUUCUGAUUCGUUCACUAAUAUACUUACUAAUGUAACUGUUUUUUGAUUGGCUGCUAAAACAUUGGGUAGUGAAUUCUGACUGGUGGAUACAUCAUCUUCUCCUGAUUGGCCAAAAUGAUAUGACCACCUUUUUUCUGAUUAGAUAACUCAAUACAGCUGAUUUUAUUUGAUUGGCAUAAACAUAUUGGCAUCAAAGCGAUCCUGAUUGGCUAAUACGGCAUUUCUCUUAAUCCUGAUUGGCCAAUAGAAUAUACCAACUUUUUCUGAUUGGUAAUAAUAUGAAUACGACAUUGAAAACUAACCAAUUGGAAUUAGAAACUACUGGUUCAGUUCAGUAUGCACAUUUUUCAUUCCAUGCAAAGACUAAUAGGAACAAGGCUAUGGAGACGAAAAUGGCAUCUAGGAUGCGUGGCGCAUGCGCAGUCAAGGAAAUAGUUUAAUGACGUCAUACCUGUCGAGGAAUGAUAGAAUUACUAAGGCGAGAUUCUAUCAGAUAGGUAAAGAAACUAAGCAAAAUGGUGUUAAGAACCAUCAUCACAUCUACUACUUCAUGAUAUUGAGGCAAAAUACUAAAAAAAAUAUAUCGUCAUAAAAAAGCUACUGUUUACAACUGCAAUACACUGAACAGAUUUAGCCAGAUUUAAUUCUUUUUAAUCAGUUAUAUAUCGUUAUAUAAUUGACUUAUAAAUCCUCUAAUUAAUAAGUUGUAUUUUAUUAGCAUUUCGAGUUACAAGUAAUUAAUGUGAAAGACUUUUAUCUUGGAAAAUAGACCCAUUGCAACGUCGGAAUGCAGCUCAAUUUGGAGGACAUAGGUUUCUAAUUCUCAGGAGAUUGAAAUUCUUUUGUAUUGCCCUCCAAAUAGAGCUGCUUUGACGUUGAAUGCAAGGGGUCUAUUCCUUACACCCGAUUGGCUGUAUUCAUUCCUAAAAAAUGAAAUUUUCAGGAAUAAUCUUAAGAAUUAUUCUAACUUACAGUAACAUCCUUGACUGCAUGAUUAAUGGCCACGAAUUUUAAGGAAAGAAAAACCUGUCUAUUUAUGCACUUUAGUUACGUAUAACAUUUCUACUGUCACUAUCAGUAGGCCACGUCUUAAAACUUGCGCUGUGAGAUUUUCACGACAGACUAGGAGAAUAUUCCCAGUGAUAGAAAACAGUGUCUAUAUCUUUCCUGAGCUUAAAUGCUAGUUCUACCAAUGACGGCGGUGAUUUUCGGUUUAUAUGUACCUGUCAUAGCUGCCAUGUUUAAUCUUCGAUCUGUUUGUCAUUCAACAUGUGAUGCUAUCGCCGCCAGAUUUUUGUUUACUGCAGCAAACGUUUGUCCUUUUGUGUGUGUUUUUCCUUCAUUCUCUUAGAAUUAAGUUGAAACACGAAUCGCUUGCGCUUUACAUGGAUAUUAAUAUUUCAAAUAUUUCAAGAUUUGAGAAAUCUUAUGGGUUUUUUUUUCCCGAAGUGAAAAAGAAAACGGAACUGAGAGGGAAACUAAACCCAAAAAAAGCAGCAGAUAAAUCGAGAAAAAAAGUAAUAUGACAAAAGACAAAGAAAGAGUUAGAAACGUAGUCUAACAGUGCGAUCGUCACGUGUAACAUCACGUAAAGGCGUGUCUGGACUUCAAAAUAUACCACUUGCGUCUUCCUGUCCAUUCCGGUCCCCAAGGGACUACAUCAUCAUACACAGAUACAAAACAAAUAUCAUCAAUGUAACAAUAGCCAUAUCCUACAAUACCACACCAAUGGAAAUAAAUGUAAACUAGCCUGAAGAUA